GUGCCGUCGGCGAAGGAGCUGAGCGCGCUCUCGCUCAGAUGUCAUCGGAGCCUUUCGCUACUUCCGCACCCCUGGAGCCGAAGCUGUACUUUGCCAACGAGCGCACCUUCCUCCACUGGUUGCACGCGUGCCUGACGCUCGCUUCAGUUGGCAUGGUCCUCACCUCGGCCGCUGAUCGCGACAACCCGAUGCUUCUCUGCAUCGGCGUCGCGCUCUCCGGAGUGUCUCUCUUCCUCAUGUGGUACGCGUAUCGCACCUUCCUCUGGCGCAUGGCCCGCAUUCGCUCGCGCGCCGCCGAGCGCGCCGACGACCCGGUGGGCCCGAUUGUUAUCUCCGCCUCGGUGGUCGUCGCUCUCGCCGCCUCGGCAAUGCUCGCCUUCUCGUCGUCUCUCGGACCGGCCUAGCCCUGCGGGAUCUCGACACCGCCAGCAGGUCGCUCCCAACGUGCCACGGCAAGAACACAGGCGGCCGAUCCCUCCGACACGUUUGCCAGCCGGGUGCCCUAUACCUGCUGGCCGCUACGGAGAGGACCCGCCUCUGAGGAUGUGCUUGCUAGCACUCGAGUGCACAUACACAAAUUACACCGUGACUGAUCUCUGUCCAUCUCCACUGUCGACUCUCUCGUGUAAAGGCGUACGUCCUCGCUCACAUACUCUCCCGCGCGCCGCACACACCGACACGUACCCGGCGCAGAUCCUCUCCCUUUGUGUGUGUUCUUUGUAUACACUAUUCAUCCGUGAGCUCG